AUACAAACUCACACACAGCUGCUGCCUGAAGCCUGAGCUCAGCAGCAACAACACCACAGUGCCGCUGUUUGUGAAUGUAACAGCUGGUGAUAUAUAUAUAUAUUUAUAUAUAAAUAUAAAUGUAUAUCUUGACAUCGCGAUGACAACUGGACUCGACACGGCUGUUUGCUGGUGUUUUUGACAAGGGAGCGUUUCGAUGAUCACCGAACUUGGCAACUGUCGACCCCCUUUUCCCCGUCGCACCGGGCUCUGUUCCAGCUGAAGCCGCUGAUCCACUGCCUGGCUGGUAGUCCACCUCCUGGUAGAUAACUCAUGACCUCACAAAUGCCCGUGUCCUGAUGUGUCGGUGACAUGGGAGAGUGGUGGACAAGCGUGCCAACGGAGACAUCAAUAGGAAACUAUGAGAUCUCAAGCAUAUCACAUGUGACAAUGUCACCCUCGCGGCAUAACAACCCUGUGUCAAUGAACCCUCCUUUGCCCCUGUCCAAAAGCUCCUACAGUGUGAUAAGUGCCUUUUGCACAGAGGAUAAUGUCCCUCAGUGCAUUUUAUACAUCAACCAGGAGCUUGCCUCACUGGGUCUCUCCUCCACAUGUAUCGAGGCCAGCUCACCGGGGGGAGCCGCCCUGAACACGGUGCCAGCUUUGAAUGCCAUGUACGAGCUACUGCAGAUUCACAGACGGAAUAUGGGCACUUUAGAGGAGCUGGAGAGAGAGCAGCUGAAGAAAUCCAGCACUUUGGAUCACAUACAGAUGAGCAAUUCCAGACUCAAGGAUCAAUUGGAACUGUCUAUAAGGGAGAAGUCAGGUCUACACGAGACCGAGAGGCAGCUACAACUCAAAAUCAAGACUUUGCAGAGCUGCUUGAAAACUGAAAAAGAUGAGGUGCAAAAGCUCCAAAGUAUCAUUGCCAGCCGUGCUUCUCAGUACAGUCAUGAUGCCAAGAGAAAGGAGAGAGAGGGUGCCAAGCUCAAGGAACGCCUCAGCCAGCUACUGAUCGACAGAAAGGAUAAAAAACUAGCUAUCGAUGUACUGAAUUGUUUGGGACGGUCAGAUGGAAAAAGGAGCCACUGGAAAACGACAAAAGCGACAGCCAGCCAUGAGGGUGAGAUGUACAAGUCAUUGCUCAGUGACUACGAGGCAAGUCAGAGGUCCUUGAUGCUAGAGAACGCUGAGCUCAAGAAAGUGCUCCAGCAGAUGAAGAAGGAGAUGAUACAUAUCCUAAGUCCACGCCAGCCCUCUGCCAGAGGAGCCACUGCUAACGAUAGCCAAGAGCAGGCUGAUUCAGAUGGGGAGGAGAAGACAGGGGACUCUAGCAGGGAAACACUGGACCAAUCCUGUGAGCAAGCUAAGGAGCAGCUCACCAACAGCAUCCGCCAGCAAUGGCGGAAGUUGAGGAACCACAUGGAGAAGUUAGACAGCCACGCAUCUCAAGUUCAAAAUCAAUUGGAGUCCGAUAAAGAGCUGAUACCGAGGGAGACCCACGAGUAUGAGAUGGAGAGGAUGAGGUGUGAAGUCCAGCAGUGCAAAGAGUUCAUUCAUGCACAACAACAACUCCUCCAGCAACAACUGCACACAUCAUUUGACGAUGAUACCGCAGCUCUUCUCAACGACUGCUACACACUGGAGGAGAAGGAGCGUCUCAAGGAGGAGUGGAGGCUCUUUGACGAACAGAAGAGAAACUUUGAGCGGGAGAGGAAGAACUUCACAGAGGCUGCUAUUCGCCUGGGGCGAGAGAAAAAGGCCUUUGAGGAGGACCGUGCUUCUUGGCUCAAGAAUCAAUUUUUGAACAUGACUCCCUUCAUAGACCGUAGGAGAUGUUCUUCAUCAGAUGGUCAAAGUGCCUUAUCAAUCAGAAGUGAGCCAGAGAUGAGGAUGUCUUCCAUGAAAGCUGAACUGACCAAAUCAUCAACCUAUGCCACAUUCUCCACGCCUAAACCUACACAAAGUGCUGCUGUGCCAUCCACAACCGAACUUUACCGGACACUCCGCCUAAUACCAGACAGCAGCUCCAGACAUUCAAAUCGAGGACGCUGGCAAGAGUCCAGCACCAUCGAAGGCGGAGACACUCGUGCAAAGUCAAAACACCGUGUUCGGUGCGGAGACCUGAGUAUCUUCUCUCUGGGUGACGACGAGAACAACCUCGCCUAAAGAACAACCUGUGCCUCUGCAGUGGACUUGAGCAUCAAUUUAUGGCUGAAUUCCAUUUUUUGGACACAGACAAAUCAUUAAUUCACCAAAGCUGAUCAAACAAGAAAGCACUUUAAUAAACCUGCCAUUGUUCAUUUCUUCCUUUUCUUCUAUUACAAACAAAUCAACACUGGCAGAUUUAAGCUAUAUUCAGGGGGAGGGUAUAUACCAAGUAAAGAUUUGGAAUAAUGUCUUCUACAUAUUUAUGGUAUGGGAUGCUUAAGUUCUAGUGUAUUACUUAUUUUAAAUGUAUAAACUAUGAGUUUUUAAUUGCUGCACAUUUGCUUCAUGAUUAUAAUGAUCUGCCCUGCUGCUGUCGGUGCAUUAAAAUAAAGAGAUUUUUAAUGAAA